AUGCCUUGUCUGCCUGUCGGAGAAGCCUGGUUCUUCUCAGAAGCCGGCCUCCUCAUAGACGAUUGGCCCCGAGGCGGGCCAUCCGAUGCCGGGCUCUGGCAGCACUCGCCGCCCGAACAGCAUCCCAGCCUCACGACGGCCGUCUACUUCAGCUUGCCCCUUUUGCCGGCAGCAACGCUCCUCUUGGCUUUGGUCAAUCUGGCGACGGGAGCCAAGGCGAUCGUCUGUCCCCCCGGGCGCCCCCGGCCCCAGUUCGGCCGACUAGCGCAUCAGUUGAUCGCUUUCUACCUCGUCUCCGGCACUUCGGCCGGCCUGGCCUGGUUCACGGCCCUGCCGCGCUACAUUCCGCUGGCCGGAAGACGAGCCCUGACAACCGUUGUCAUGCCGUCGAUUGACACUGUCGGUGGGGUGAAUUCGUCGAGUCGACAGCUGAUCGGCCAGUUGCCAGCUCUGCUCACGAUGCAGUCGAUCCUGCGUCUGACGAGUGUGUGGUUGGUGAUCAAUCUGUUGGUGGAGCGCUGCUCCCUUCUGGCCAAAACGGCCCGGCAACCGCGAGUGCUCCUCUGCCCGGCCGGGCCAGACAGGCCCGAGUGCCGAGCCCAGUCUCGAGCCGGGUCGCACCCGGCGCCGGCCGAACCGGCCUCGGCCGUCCGAGACGAGGCCGGGCCCGAGGCCGUCUGCCCGACGGCAGACGCGACGAGCCGGCCAGCCGGUUCGUCCCGCCUCGGCCGACUGGUACGUCGAGGACGUCUUCGCUGCCGACGCAUCUGCCGACGCCUGGCCGUCUGGUGCGCGGCCAAGUGCUGCUGCAUCGACGACCUCGAGUUGGCCUGUUGCUACUCGUGCCGUCGGCGCUAUUCGCGCUGGUCCCGACGCCACGGUCUCCAGGCGCUGCGCAGAUCGUGUCACCGGCGCCGGCAAACGGUACAGCCGAACUCGGCUCGAGUCCCGCCCAAGGCGCAGCCUCAGGACGGCCUGCCGGGCCUGCUCUGUGCCACCCUUUGCACCAGCGCCCUGUUCGCAUUGGCCGCGUUGGCAACCUGUUUGCCGCAGCUAUGGGCCUAUCGUCUGGACCACUUGGAACCGCCGCCGUUGCCACCGCCGCCGGGGCCGGCAGCAACGACAGCGUCGGCCGAAGACGCGAUGACGGGCCGCUUGGCGGUCGCCUGGCGACUCGAACAUCGCGUCUUUCCGGCGCCGGUCUACGAGUACUAUCUGGCCAGUGUGUCUCUGUUGCUGCCCGUCUGUCUGCAGCUCGGCCUGCUCGGUCUGUUGGCGGCCAGAAUCGGCCGUCUCGAUUCUCGUGUGCGUCGCGCCUUGGCGGCCAACCUGCACGACACGUUGGAAACGAAGUUGCCCCAGCGACAGAUGAGCAACCGGCAUCGGUGGCUGGACGUUCGUCUCGGCUGGCUGCAACGCGACAACAUGGUGAGUCUGGGCUUGGGCGUCUGUCAUCUGGUCACUUGGGCGCCGCACGCCAUCGCCAACACGUGUCUUCGUCUCUCCUGCCUCCUGGUCUCCGGCAACCGGCCGGCCGGUCGACUGGACACCGGUUGCCUGGGCAACCCGGGUGUCUGGCCGGCGAGCGGUGUUUGGGUUGUGUGUGAAUUGGUGCUGAUGGUUGGCGAACUGGCCUGUCAGGUGUUGAUCUUGAUCGCCAAAUCCUGGGAGGCCGGUUGCCACCGCCACUGGCACCAGCCAGAAGUGCCCAGUAUCUCGGGUUUCCUUGACGACUGUAAGAGGCAGGACAGGAAGGAGGCCCGAUGGGAAUCAGACUGCACACAUGCAGCGAAUGCGGGCGAGAGGGGCGAACGAUUGUCGGCGCGAGAAGACGACUCCGAGGCGGAUUAUGAAGAUGAGCAAGAGAGGCGGGAUGACGAAGAGUUCACUGGCUCGUCUACCGACUGCUGCCGUGCGCCGCAUUGCAUCGCUGAAAUGGCUCUUCUUCCCGACCUCGAAUUGCGUCUACACCAUGCACCAACGCACCGUGUUGACUGUCAUUUCGACCAGACCCCAACCGUUACAGUCGCCUCUUCGGGUCAACUUGUUGACCAAUCGGGCAAAUGUGGAAUCGGCCAGAAAUCACGUGAAGCCGUCUGGCAACUGCACACCUCAACGACUUGUCCACCAACACCCGUCGUCAUGACAACGCUAAGCCAGGCUGGCACCAGCCCGAUCGACCGGGUCUACUUUAGCCCCGACCUGACGGAGCCCGGCUCGCUGGCGUCGACACCGUCGGGCCGAAUUAUGCAGACUCAGCCGAGCCCCGAUGACUUCAUUGGCCGUCUUCACGUGGCCUCCGAUUGCCGAUACUACUCCCACCAACACCAGCCGCAUCCAAGUCAGUCACACCAACAACAGUACAUACCCAUCUGCCCUGCCGUCGAGGUGAACCAAUCAACUCCACUUCUGGGCCAGUCGUCACAGCACCAAUCGUCGAUCUAUUAUCCGCGCUUGAAUUGCCCCAGAAACGACGUCAACCGCCUCGCGACUGCUUUUCCUGUUGCCCACUCCGUGGGCUUCCCAGCCCAGACCGUCGCUCCUACAGCCUUGCGUCAUCCCCACCCUCCUUCAGGCCAUCUGACGGCGACACGAGCCACAGAAGCGGCGGAAACCGCAGAAACCGCCAUUCCCAACACCGUUGCCAUGGCGAGUGUCUCUUCUACACCGUUGAGUCAGUAUCGUCACACAAACAGACAUCCGGCCGACUCUCCGACUGGCCCGACUCUCGCGUCACCGCUCGCCUCACGCAGCCUUGCCUCACCGCCCCCCCUGCCGCCACUUCUGCCGACACCCCCUCCCGUACCAACGUCCGGAGGUGUCUAUUACGCCGCCGUCUCCGGCCCUCCUCACGACAACUCCGAGCAGACUGUCGGCCACUCGAUGGACCAAUCGGAAUUGGCGACGCAUUCACGAGUCCACCCAACCGGGUGUGUCUAUGUCUCGGGCAGCCUUGGUUUCUCGCCGAACGUCAGUCCAUUUCCGGUGCAUCGCGGUCGCCCUAGCGACCACGCACUCCUUCGAUGCGCUGUACAUCUUCCGGCCGUCGGCGGUGACGCUUCUGUUGCCUCCAGUCUGCACUGGCCGACGGUCAGUCUGGUACCGACGCGUCCGGUUGCCUGGCGCGAUGUCGAGGCGUCGGGUAGACGCGAAAGUGGACGCUGCAACGAAGGUGAUCCGCCCAACAAUCCGACCAUGCUGACCGAGUCCCGACUGUCGCGGUUGCCAACCAAGUGUAGGCCACUCGAGCCGAUGGAGGCUGUGUUGCUUGCCGGCCCUGACGACCUGGCCAGUACCGGCUGCUUGGACGUCUCGUUGCCGGGCUCUGCCAAUGGUUACACGCCGCCCAGUCAGAGUCUUCUGCAGACGGACUCGGGCAUCGGUCUACCAGGCGAACACUUUCACCAGCUGACGCUGGCCAGAGAGCCUGCGGAGGGGCUGGGGCUGGGGUUGGGGUUGGGGCUGGGGUUGGGGUUGGGGCUGGGG